UCGCGCCAGGGCUGUCGUCGAGCCGUAGAGCCAGUCAAAGCGGAGUAUAGUUGAAAAACGCGCAGCCCGAUUGUCGCCUCCCGUGCUCGGGUUCACCGCCAAACCCUAGCCUUCGUAUGGAAUAAUUUCUCGGAAAAGAGAGAGGAACAUCUUGGUUGUUGUUGCCUAUAAUUCUCUUCUCGACCUGUAGAUUCAGGAUCCCCGCCGUCUGGUUCGAGAGAAAUUAGAGCAAUUCUUGUUUUGUUCCUCUUUCCUUGGCCCAGUCCAGGCUCUCGGCUCUACCUAAUCCAGACGGUGAAACCCUAACAGGGGAUCUUUCGCUCCUUUUAUGGCUGCCACAGCGACGGGCUCUCAAGGAAGCGGGCCGCGGUACGCCCCCGAGGACCCGACACUUCCGAAGCCGUGGAAGGGUUUGGUCGAUGGGAGCACUGGGUAUCUGUACUAUUGGAAUCCUGUGACGAAUGUAACGCAGUACGAAAGGCCUGCUGCGGAUGAACAUCUUCCCCCGCCACCGCCGCUUCUAAAGUUGGCCCCCCUAUCAUCUGUCCAGGUUCAUCAGCGUCAUCAUGAAGAAGACGGGAGAUCUCGGAGCCAUCAGCAUCAAGGAGUUAGAGUUAGUGGUGUACGUUCAGGACAUGGUUCAACUGAUGUAGGGCAUGGAUCUUCUGGCCCACACAGUUAUGCACAUGGCUCUGUCCAUUCACGAUCUAUAAGAAGUCACGGGGCUUUGGAUGCAGGACUUGGUUUAUCCGCUGAAGCAUACCGCCGUCAUAAUGAAAUAACUGUUACAGGAGAUGAUAUUCCUGCACCAUACAUGACAUUUGAGUCAGCAGGUUUUGCACCUGAAAUUUUGAAAGAGGUACACCGUGCAGGUUUCUCUUGUCCUACUCCAAUUCAGGCUCAAUCAUGGCCCAUUGCAUUACAAGGCCAUGAUAUUGUAGCUAUUGCGAAGACAGGCUCUGGGAAAACAAUUGGUUAUCUCUUUCCUGGUUUUGUACAUCUUAAACGUGUUCAUAAUAACUCAAAAAUGGGUCCAACUGUGCUAGUUCUUUCACCAACUAGAGAGCUGGCAACCCAGAUUCAAGUUGAGGCUGAGAAGUUCGGGAGAACAUCAAGAAUUUCAUGCACGUGUUUGUAUGGUGGCGCCCCAAAAGGUCCGCAGUUAAAAGAUUUAGAUCGAGGCGUGGACAUUGUGGUUGCAACUCCUGGAAGAUUGAAUGACAUUUUGGAGAUGAGGAGAAUCAGCCUACGUCAAGUCUCAUAUCUGGUUCUUGAUGAAGCUGACCGAAUGUUAGACAUGGGAUUUGAGCCACAAAUAAGGAAAAUUGUAAAAGAAGUUCCUCAUUGUCGUCAGACUCUCAUGUUCACUGCUACUUGGCCUAAAGAAGUGAGGAAGAUUGCUGCAGAUUUGCUUUCUAACCCUAUUCAGGUUAACAUUGGAAAUAUUGAUGAACUUGUUGCCAACAAUGCUAUUACCCAGUAUGUAGAGCUGAUAAGACCGAUGGAAAAGCAAAGAAGGUUGGAGCAAAUAUUACGGUCCCAGGAAACAGGUUCUAAGAUCAUAAUCUUUUGCACUACGAAGAGGAUGUGUGACCAGCUAGCACGUUCUCUUGUUCAUCAGUUUGGUGCUGCAGCUAUUCAUGGUGACAAAUCACAGGUAGAGCGGGAUAGGGUUCUGAACCAAUUCAAAACUGGGAGAUCACCCAUACUUGUUGCUACAGAUGUUGCUGCUCGAGGAUUAGACAUUAAAGAUAUCAGGGUUGUAAUUAACUAUGACUUUCCCACUGGUGUUGAAGACUAUGUUCAUAGGAUUGGGAGGACAGGAAGGGCAGGUGCCACUGGUGUUUCUUACACGUUCUUCUCAGAUAAUGAUUCUAAAUAUGCUCUGGAACUUGUUAAAGUUUUGGAAGGGGCAGAUCAGCGAGUGCCACCAGAGCUCCGAGACAUGGCAGCACGUGGUGGAUUUGGUGGCAAGUCGAGACGCUGGGGUUCUGAUUCAAGUGCUCGAGACAGAGGCCGAUUUGGAGCCGGUCGAAAUGAUUCCACCAAUGUUGGGAGAAGCUGGCAUGUCCUAUCAUCUUCAAGUAGAAUAGUAGCUGAUCAUGACCGCAGUAACUACGGGCGUGAUCGUGAUGUUCGUGUCAGCAGAUAUAAUCGUUUGGAUGGGCACGCCUUAGAUAAGCAUCCUAACAAUGAUGCCAGAGGCAUCUUGAGAGGCCGUAGCCACAGCUAUAGCCCAAGUCCUAGCCCAAGGAGAGGGCAUGGUCUGUUGAACAAUGGUCACAGUCGCAGCCGCAGCAGGAGCCGAUCUAAUACUCGCAGCCGGAGCAGGAGUCGUAGUAGCAGCAUCGGACGCAGCAACAAAAGGCUACGUACUGGUGGGUUUUCUGACAGGCCAUCACCAAAAUACAAGCGGAAGGAUCUAUCAGUUGACCAUCACCAUGAAGGACAAUCACCACCAUGGAAACAAAGGGAAACUUCAAAUGAUCGUCAUCUUGCUUCACCUCCACGCAAGAUUGCCAUCACUAAUAAUCGUAGCCGCAGCAGGAGUCGUAGUCGCAGUAUCGAACGUAGCAACGGAAGCCUACUUACUGCUGGGCUUUCUGGCAGGCCAUCAUCACCAUACAAACGGAAGAAUUUAUUAGUUGACCAUCAUCAUGAAGGACAAUUACCACCACAGAAACGGAGGGAAACUUCAAAUGAUCGUCAUCACUCUUCACCUCCACGCGCCAAGAAGGAAAUAUCGGUUGACCAUCCUCGGGGACCCUCACCACGCAAGAAGGAAAAUUCGAUUGAUCACGAUCGUAGGCCUCCAUUGCCACGAUCCAAGAGAGAUAAUUUGUUUGGUCGUAAUAACCGGAGGCCAGCAUCGCCACGUUCCAAUUGGCUGAAUUCAGCUGAUGAGCAGGACAGGUCAUCAUCCCUCCCCAAGAAUGAAUCCUUAGCUGAACAUCAUCCCUCACCUAGCCCGCUAAGGCAGGGCUCUCAAUCCCCAUGCAAUCAAACGGAGAAUGGAAGUGGAAGAGAAUUGGAUGGCUCGGAGCAGUUGAGGCGGUCACCACCUCAUCAUGUUAUUAAUGAAACUGAGCCUGAUCUGCCAAGGACAGCACAUGAGUUUCAAAGUCGUAUUGAAUCUGGAAAGCUUGCCGAUGAACCUGAACGGCUCGCAUCAGCGCCAGAAAAUGGGGAAGAGGAAGAGGAAGGGUUAAUUCUGCCAGACGAAUCCCCUGAGCAUGUUCCUGGUUCUAGGGACAAUUGAUAAGCAUCAGGAAGAAAGUCUGCCAUCAUGCUGGGUUGCUUUUCUUCUCUCGGUAUUCUUUCUUCUCUGAUUUACUAGUAUUGUAGACUGCAGUUAAACGAAACCUGCGUUAGAAAAAAAUGUGGUGGUUUUCAUCUCUUAUGCAAAGGCUACUACUUUGAUUAUGCAGAAAAUGCGGGGCAUUCAAAACCUUGGGCUGGAGCAAAGCCUGGUGUUGUGGGUUGUUUUCGUGUUGAGCCUGCUUCAUUUUAUGAAACACAUGAAGUGAACGAUGCUUUGUACUUGCUUUCUAUAGUUAUCACUCUUGCUUUGCCGGUUUUUAUAACCUCUUGAUUUUGCAUUUUAA